AUGACAAAGCAAUUUGAGCUACAAGCAAAGCAAAAUGAACACUUUGAAAGAUCGAUUCAAAUGCUUAUUGCUCAAAAUAAGAGGAUAGAAACUCACCUUUCUCAACUUUCACAACAAGUGAGUCAUUUAUCAACUCUUCAUGAUCAAGAAAAAGUCCAAAAGGAACAAUGCAAUGCAGUUUUCUUGAGAAGAGAUGAAUUAUUUUCGAGGAAAAUAGAUGAGAAAGUGUGCAGUGUGGAGUCAAGAAAAGAUGAAAAGUGUAAGGAUGUAAAAAGUCCCCAAUAUGUUCCUCCACCGGCCUAUGAGGAACCGAUGCCCUUCCCGCAAAGGUUGUCAAAAGCCGUGCUCGAUAAACAUUUUGGAAAAUAUUGCGAGACUCUUAAAAAGGUACAUGCUUCCAUUCCUUUUUCUGAUCUUUUAAUUCAAAUGCCUCAAUUUGCAAAAUUUGUGAAGGAAAUUAAAGAUCAACAUGAUGAUAAGGAAGUAGUAAAUGAGAAAUGCUCUACUCUUUUACGUGAUAGCCUACCACCUAAGCUGCAUGGUCCUGGUAGUUUUACUAUUCCCUAUAUGAUAAACGAAAUAUUUUUUGACAGGGUCUUAUGUGAUUUAGGUGCUAGUGUAAAUUUAAUGCCUUAUUCAUUAUAUGAAAAAUUAGGUUUGCAAAAACUUAAACCUUCCCCUAUUUCUCUUUAA